AUGCAGGCACGUUACCCGGCUUCAAACCCUACUUCACUGGGUGUAGUACCUUACAUCACCGGGGAACAGAGCUACUACCGAGCCGCCACCGGUGGAGGAUACACCGGCAUUCCAGCUCCUAUGAGCAUGUACUCUCACGCAGCUCACGAACAAUACCCUGGAAGCAUGACCCGUGCGUACGGCCCCUACACGGCCGCACAACAACCGAAGGACAUGGUGAAGCCCCCAUAUAGUUACAUAGCGCUCAUUACGAUGGCCAUCCAGAACUCAGCGGAUAAGAGGAUCACACUGAACGGAAUAUAUCAAUUCAUAAUGGAGCGCUUUCCGUUCUACCGGGACAACAAGCAGGGCUGGCAGAACAGCAUCCGCCAUAACUUGUCACUGAACGAGUGUUUUGUUAAAGUUCCGCGCGAUGAUAAAAAGCCUGGUAAAGGCAGUUACUGGACUCUUGAUCCCGACUCCUAUAACAUGUUUGAAAACGGUAGCUUCCUCCGACGGCGGCGCCGUUUUAAGAAGAAGGAUGCACUGAAGGAGAGAGAGGACCGCGAGAGACAACUAAAAGAGGCAUCGGGACAAGCACGUGAACAAGAAUCGCAGCAACCCAUAAAACUUCGGGAUAUUAAGACAGAGAACGGGGCUUGUACACCCCCGCACGCUGUCUCUCCUUCCCUCAGCGCCCUACCGAAAACCGAGAGCCCGGACAGCAGCCGAGGAAGCACGAGCAGCAGAAGUCCGCACGCGCAAACGGUGCAGCAGGGCUUCAGUGUGGAUAGCAUCAUCACGGGCCUGCACGGGUCCCCGCAGCACGCUCCUGAGCUACCCGCUUCACGUGCAGCCUUACCAGGCACGGUCUCUCAAAGCUACUCUCCCUCACCUCAGCCCGCACACUACAGUCCGCCCUGCGGCCAACCUGCCACUUACCACUGCAAUAUGCAAGCCACGACUCUGUACACCGGGGAUCGGGGAAAUGGGGAGGAGACCUUACAGGAUUACUCCAGCACCACUAGUCCCACCACGCUUUCGCAUGCACAGUCGAGCACAGGUCAGGAGAAUCAGCAUAUGCAGCAAGGCCGUCUAGCGCCAUGGUACCUCAGCCAAAGCGGUGAGCUGGGUCACCUGGGAGCCAGCUAUCCUGCACAGCAACAGAACUUUCAUACGGCGCGGGACGUGUUUGAGACCCAACGCCUUGCGCUUAAUAGCUCUCCUGUUAACGGGAACAACAGCUGUCAGAUGACCUUCCCUUCCACUCAGCCGCUUUAUCGGCCCCCGGGGGCUUUCGUAUAUGACUGUAGCAAAUUCUGA